UCAAUGGACACCUUCACCAACAAACUUAACGAAGAAGAAACCACCAAUUCUCACGACACACCGCCGCUAAACCCGACAUCUUCUCAGCCAUUCGAACCGUGGAGGCGCCUCACCAAUGAUCAAGAAACUUCAGUCAUGGUUGCUGCUCUCAAAAACGUCAUAAUCGGCCGCUCAAUUCUCCGGUCAUCAUCUCAAUACACGUCCGCCUCUAGCGAAGCCGUAGACUCCGUACUCGCGGUCCCGCUUCCUCAAACAUGCCCGGUAUGCAGGAUCAAUGGUUGCUUAGGGUGUAACUUCUUUACGGAGGAUAAAAAAUUACAGAAAAACGACAUGGGUGACCGAGGGGGAGUCGGUCCGAUAAGAAAAAAGAAGAAUUAUAGAGGUGUAAGACAAAGACCAUGGGGAAAAUGGGCCGCGGAGAUUAGAGACCCUCGGAGGGCAGUUCGGGUAUGGUUAGGUACUUUUGGGACCGCGGAAGAAGCUGCUCGGGCUUAUGACCGAGCUGCUAUAGAGUUCCGCGGGCCUAGAGCGAAGCUCAACUUUCCGUUAACGGAUUAUGAGACAACAUCUUCGGCAUUGACCGAUAACUCGCAACAAGCAUCUUCGUCAUCAAGAGGACUAGAAACAAUAAAAGGUAAGGCAACUGGAAAAGAGACUGAUUUAGAAAAGGAUAAUUUGGAGGGGAUUGAGGAGAAAUGGAAUGAAGAUUGGAUGAUGAUUAAUGAAUUUAAUGGCGGGAGUGUUUGAGUAUUUUAAAUAUGUAGUGUUGUAAACUAUUUAUUAUUUUUUUUUUUAGUUUUUUGAAAGCUUGCGACUAUUUGUGCGAGUUGUUCAAUGGAGGUGUGGAUAUAUACACAAUCUGUAAAAGGGUAUUUUUUUCACCAA